CAGAGUGGAACAGGGGAAAGGAGGGGAGAGGAAAGAGGAAGAGGGGGUCAAAGCACCACCAGAGUUCCAGGCCCCACCCACCGUCAUCAUGUUUCCCAGGCAACGGGAGAUGGGCUCCAGGGGACUGCGGAGACAGAAGAGAGACUGGGUCAUUCCACCAAUCAACGUGCCUGAAAACUCCAGAGGUCCCUUCCCACAGAUGCUCGUCAGCAUCCGUUCGGACCAGGACCGGAACAUCUCCAUCCGGUACAGCAUCACGGGGGUGGGAGCGGACCAGCCACCCAAUGAGGUGUUCAGUAUCGACCCUGUUGCCGGGAAGAUGUUCGUCACCAAACCCCUGGACCGAGAGAGGAGAUCAUCCUACCAUCUUCGUGCCCAUGCAGUGAACAUGAAUGGUGAGCGGGUGGAGAGCCCCAUAGACCUGUACAUCUAUGUCAUAGACAUGAACGACAACCGGCCUGAAUUCAAGAACCAGGUCUACAACGGCUCUGUGGAUGAGGGCUCCAAGCCAGGUACAUUUGUGAUGCACCUGGCAGCCUUCGAUAACGACGACAACACCACGGCCAAUGGGAUGGUGCGCUACCGGAUCCUGUCCCAGACGCCACACAGCCCCAUCCCCAACAUGUUCACCAUCAACAGCGAGACUGGAGACAUCGUCACCGUGGCAGCAGGCCUCGACCGCGAGAAAGUGUCCCAGUACAGCAUCAUCGUCCAGGCCACGGACAUGGAGGGCAACCUAAACUUUGGCCUGUCCAACACGGCCACCGCCAUCAUCUCGGUCACAGACAUCAACGACAACCCGCCGGAGCUCACCUCCAGGACUUUUUCAGGGGAGGUCCCAGAGAACCGGGUCAAUGUCGUGGUUGCCAACCUGACCGUGAUCGACCGGGACCAGCCACACUCGCCCAACUGGAAUGCUGUGUACAGGAUCAUCAGCGGAGACCCAAUCGGUCACUUCACCAUCAUCACCGACCAACACACCAACGACGGCAUGGUUACCGUAGUGAAGCCGGUGGACUUUGAGCAGAACAGGGCCUUCAUGCUGACGGUGGUGGUCAAUAACCAGGCCCCGCUGGCAAGUGGGAUCCAGUCGUCCCUCCAGUCCACAUCCGGGGUCACCAUCUCCGUGGUAGACAUCAACGAACCGCCCUACUUCCCUACUAACCCCAAGUCCAUCCGCUUUGAGGAGGGCGUCCCCGCUGGCACGUCUCUCACCACAUUCUCAGCCAGCGACCCUGACCGUUUCAUGCAGCAGAGCAUCAGGUAUUCUAAACUGGCCGACCCAGCUGACUGGCUGUCCAUCAACAACACCAACGGUCAGAUCAUCACCACGGCAACCCUGGACAGAGAGUCCAUCUACGUCAAGAACAACAUUUAUGAAGCCACCUUCCUCGCAGUUGACAAUGGCUCUCCCGUGGCCAGCGGUACAGGGACCCUCCAGAUCUAUCUGAUAGACGUGAACGACAAUGCUCCGUCUCUGCUGCCCCGCGAGUCUCAGAUCUGUGAGCGCAUCAACCGCAACGCCGCAAUCAACAUCACGGCUGCAGACUCAGACACGGACCCAACGUGGGCCCUUUCGUCUCGAGCUGCCCACGUUCCUGCUAGCAUACGGCGCAACUGGACAGUGUCACGUCUCAACGGUGACUAUGCCCGGUUGAGUUUGCGGACCCAGUAUCUGGAGCCGGGGGUGUAUGAGGUGCCUGUGAUUGUGACCGACUCGGGGAACCCUCCCCUCUCCAACAGGUCCGUUAUCAAGGUCAAGGUGUGUCCGUGCGAUGAGAACGGAGACUGCACCCUGGUCGGGGCUGUGGCUGCCGCUGGACUUGGGACUGGAGCCAUCAUAGCCAUUCUCAUCUGUAUCAUCAUACUGCUCAGUAUGGUGCUAGUGUUUGUACUGUGGAUGAAGCGCAGAGAGAAGGAGAGACAGACCAAACAGCUGUUGAUCGACCCGGAGGACGAUGUCAGAGAUAACAUCCUGAAAUACGACGAGGAGGGAGGGGGAGAGGAGGACCAGGACUAUGACCUGAGCCAGCUGCAGCAGCCUGACUCUCUGGAGCACAUCAUCAGUAAGCCCCCGGGGGUACGGCGGGUGGACGAGCGCCCCAUCAUCCCUGAGUCCCAGUACCCCAUUCGACCGGUGGUCCCCCACCCUGGGGACAUCGGGGACUUCAUCAACGAGGGUCUGCGGGCGGCGGACAAUGACCCCACGGCCCCUCCCUAUGACUCCCUCCUGGUGUUUGACUACGAGGGCAGCGGCUCUACGGUCGGCUCCGUCAGCUCCCUCAACUCCUCCAGCACAGGGGACCAGGACUACGACUACCUCAACGACUGGGGCCCCCGCUUCAAGAAGCUGGCCGACAUGUACGGGGGAGGGGAUGACGAAUAGGGCCACAGGGGGGGCCUCGUUAGAGAUCCACUCCCCCAGCCGAACCCCCUCAGCUGGUCUGCCAUGCUCUCUCUCUCUCUCUCCAACCUUGGAGAGACAGAUAACACAGACACACACACACACACACACACACCAAU